AUUAAUAUUGUGGUUGCCCAUUUCCCCGGCCCCGCUAUGUCCGUAGAGAAACUCUGAUAUGGACUAGAAAGCACGGGAACGCACCAGCCCGAAUGCGGGCCCCUGACCUGCAGACUGGUCUGCAGUUGGUCUGCAGGUCGUCCUUGCGCGCGUUCCGCGUCCACGUGAAGAUGGUUGCCGAGGUUAGAGUAAGCCUGUCGAAGUCUUUCGGACGCAAGGCCGACAAAUCCUCCCGUCGUUGCGAAGCACGGCUUGGAUAGACCCCGGGUAUAUAGCCCUGAGGCACGGCUUUCACUUCUGGGCUGACUCGUCGCGUUGGGUAUUCCAUCGUCCCGCAAAGGUCUUGCGCCACCAAGCCACUAGCAGGUCUGCGUCAACCUUCAAACCGUCCCAAGAUGAGUGCAAUGUGGUCCAGGUCCGUCUCGUACGCGGGUUUCGCGAGGCGACCAACAGUUUCGCCUCUGCUGCGUCGAGGGUUCGCCAGCAGCCUGUCCAGGAUGCAGGAGAAAAUUGCGGUCAAGAACCCAGUGGUGGAACUGGAUGGAGAUGAGAUGACGAGGAUUAUCUGGAAGAAAAUCAGGGAAGAGCUCAUUCUCCCCUAUGUCCAACUCGACAUCAAGUACUUCGACCUCGGUCUCGAGCACCGAGACGCGACGGACGACGGGGUGACCGUCGAGUCGGCCGAGGCCAUCCUCAAGUACAAUGUGGGCAUCAAAUGCGCGACGAUCACGCCAGACGAGGCGCGUGUGAAGGAGUUCAGCCUCAAGCAAAUGUGGAAGAGCCCCAACGGGACGAUCCGCAACAUCCUCGGCGGCACCGUCUUCCGCGAGCCCAUCAUCCUGAACAGCAUCCCCAAGCCGAUCCCGGGCUGGAAGAACCCAAUUGUCAUCGGCCGUCAUGCGUUUGGUGACCAGUACCGCUCGACGGACUUCGUUGCGCCGGGUCCGGGCAAGCUGCAGCUCGUGUACUCGCCUGCAGACGGCGGCAAGCCGACUGUCAUGGACGUCUACGACUUCAAGGGCAAGGGUGUCGCGAUGAGCAUGUACAACACCGACGAUUCCAUUACAGGAUUUGCACACUCAUCCUUCAAGAUGGCACUGGCUAAGAAGAUGCCCCUGUUCAUGUCAACCAAGAACACGAUCAUGAAGAAGUACGACGGUCGCUUCAAAGACAUCUUCCAGGACAUCUACGAGAGCACGUACAAGUCGCAGUUCGAGGCGGCAGGCAUCUACUACGAGCACCGGCUCAUCGACGACAUGGUCGCGCAGGCGAUCAAGUCCUCGGGCGGGUUCGUCUGGGCGUGCAAGAACUACGACGGCGACGUGCAGUCCGACAUCCUCGCGCAGGGCUUCGGCUCGCUGGGGAUGAUGACCUCGGAGCUGAUCACGCCCGACGGGAAGACGAUCGAGUCCGAGGCCGCGCACGGCACGGUGACGCGCCACUACCGCGAGUACCAGAAGGGCAACGAGACGUCGACGAACCCCGUCGCGUCCAUCUUCGCGUGGACGCGCGGCCUCAAGCACCGCGCGGGCCUCGACGGGAACGAGCCCCUCAAGGCGUUCUGUGACGACCUCGAGAAGGCGUGCGUGGAGGUCAUCGACAUUGACGGCAUCAUGACGAAGGACCUUGCGCUCGCGAUCCAUGGGAAGGAGAUGAAGCGUGAGCACUGGGUCGUCACAGAUGCGUACAUGGACAGCGUGAACAACAAGCUCAAGCAGAAGAUGGCAGCGAGGGCCAACGUGUAGAUACUUAUCGUGUAUCCGUAGGCCUCUUGGGCCAGUUUGUGUGCAGUGCCGUAGUCUUGCUACUUAUGUAUCCCACAUCGACACACUAC